AGUCAAUAAAGGUAAAAGAUAACUUUACUUCUCGGAAUUGAACUUUUGCAAAUGUUCAGUUUAGUUGUCUUAGUUCAGCCACUUUAGGCCCCUACAGUGCGGUUACCGAAGAAAAGAAAGAAAAAAUGCCCCCGAGCAGGGGGAGAGGUGUUCGAAAGACGGUGUAUUCACUUCGGGUUUCAUGCAAAAUUGCGUUAUACGUGACACCAUGACUGAAGGCGUCCGGGUGACCUGGGGCGAAUCGAAAGCGAAACUGCCUUGGCACGGCUGACUCCGGAAAUAUCGCGAUAAAGCUUAGGUCCGUGAUUCAUCGUACUCGUUGACAAAAAGACUGUGAAGUUGCACUGACGCUUUUAGCGUAGAUGGCAGACAACGGAGAACAAGGCUGUGGCGGAGUGGAUGGAGUUCGUAGUGAGAGUGAGCCGCUUAUUCCGCCGCCUUACUUGCUCUUCCGGCAAGGUCGACAGCCACAGAAUGCUGGCGGAUGGUCCGUAUGCUCUAGACUUAUUUUGCCUGUUUUCAAGGUUGUGUUCUGUUCACUUGGACUAUGGGGACAUCAAAAAUGGAACUACAUUCCGCGUGUCCUAUUUGUUAUGAGUUGUUUAACUCAAGCCGGUUACCAGAUCUCUGUUGACUGGGGCUGCCCAUACUUUGACUGCAGCUACUUCAACAAGACACAUCAUAACAAGACUGAGGAGUUCCCUAAAACAAGAAGAAUGUGCUUUACUAUGUUUUCUCUAGCAGCUUUCUUCUCAUAUUCGAUUUUCCUUGUUUGUUUAACAGCCUCCAGGAGUACAGUCUCAUCCAUGAUGUCUCCCUGCAAAUCAAUGGCGGACGUUGUUGACAGGAAAGAGAUCACCCUGUUAUUUUUUAUUUUCAUUAUCAUUAUGGCGUCGUUUUUAAGUGGAAUGGUCUUGUUGUUCAGCGUUCAGCUUAAAAGUAAUGAUAUUCAAGACAAUUUAAAGUCCGCGUACGCUGUUAUUGCAGCAGCAGUAGUAUUAACGCACUGGGCAUCUUUCAACACCUGUCACGUGUUCGCAAUCAGUUCUUUAUCUCUCGGUACUUUUGCGGAAGAUUGCGUCAGGCUCAUCCGGGACCUCGAUGACGGAAACCUCGAUGACGUCAUAAGAAUUCACGAAAAUCUGUGUACAGUUGUUUCUGAUACAGUAUCAGCUUGCAGCGUGUGGUUUGUGCUGCACUGGUUUACUUUUGGAGCAGGCAUGGUCGUAGACGUCAUAUUAAUAUCUAAGGAAAUCAUGACGGACCGGGACAGUAAUCCUACCCCAGCUGACACCCCAGCUACUUUCAAGAUCUCCCUUUAUUUAAUCUUGGUCGGUGUUCUCUAUCUCUUCACACUCCCAUGUUUCUACGCUGCCAGGAUUACAAGUAAAUGCAACGGAAUCUACGAGAGAAUCAACUGCACGACAUCUAAUGACUGGAAGGAAGGCCACACGUUCAGGGAUCGCCGUAACAUCGCUCUGUUCGUUUCCUACGCUAAGGACACGGGUUGUGGGUUCAAAGUUGGCAGGAUCACGUUUAACACUUCUUUAGCCUGGCUUUCCUUUUUCUUCGCAUUAACGGCUUUGCUAUUUCAUUUUUUCUAACCUCCGUCUUACAGGAAAAGCACUCACACAGUUUACCUCUGUUAGCUAUGUUUGACAACACGUAAGUGACGCCCUGGCUUUAACAAAACGAUCUGAUUCGAAGACUGUUUUAAUUUUUUUUUUUCCAUAAAGUUAUUUUGUUUGCCAGAAAAUUCUAAAAAUCCACCGGA